AUGCUCUUCGGAAUCUUCUUCGCCUUCUGGCGCAUGAUGCAAAUCCUCACUCUGAUCCCAACCCUAGGCAUGCUCGCCUACUUCGUACACAUCUACGCCUCCUCCAACGCCCUUACCCCCAACUACAUCCUAGUCCUCUUCAUCGUCUCCGUCCUCGGCGCCGUCUGGGCCAUCGCGACGCUCUUCACAUACCACCGCGCGAAAUCCAACGCUCUCUUCGUCUCCUUCAUCGACCUCUGUUUCGUCGGCGCGCUGAUCGCCAGCGUCUACGAGCUGCGCAUGAUCGGCAAGUACAACUGCAGCUCUGUCGACAAGAGCGGCUCGCCCUUCUUCGCCGUCAGCGUGGGGGAUGGCCACGGGUUCAGCGUGAGUGGUGUGGAUGUGCAGGUUGAUAAGACGUGUGCGAUGCUGAAGGCGUGCUGGGCGUUUGGCAUCAUGAACUGUAUUUUCUUUUUCAUUACCAGUUUUCUCGCGCUGUUGGUCGGCAGGGGGAGCGGGAGGAAGGAGAAGGAUGUUUAUGUUAGGGAGACGCAUUAUAGCAGACAUGGGCAUCGACGUAGUGGGAGCCAUCGCAGUCAUAGGAGCUCGCAUUCGGGGGGUGGGAGACGACAUGCGUAUGUUUAG